AACUGACCACGCGCACCCUGGAUAGGGCGACCACCUGUGGCUCGGCUGUGUCCCAGCUGCUCCCCUCCUCCUCGCAUCCCAAAUCGGACUCUGUUGGAUUUGUCCUUCCUCAUGGAGCAGCCGUGGUUGGAGCGGCUGGACCAGCCGUCGCGUCUCCUGCUGCACGCGCUCGCCUCGGGCUCRGCCGGCACUCUGGCCGCGCUCCGCGUGCUGCAGCGCGGCCGGGUCGGAGACGGCCCCACGUUCUCCUGGCAGGUUUUCACGGAUGCCCUGUGCUCCGAGGAGCCUACGCUGGAGGGGCCAGACAAGAUCCUGGCUGUCAGGCCGCGGCUGCUGCUGCUGCCCGCCGUGUGCCAGAGGAACCUGCUGUGCGUGCUGCGGGUGGCGGCGGUGCCGCGCGGCUGCAGGAGCCGCCUGCACCGUGCGCUGGCCUCGCACCCCAGCCUCGAGCCCUGGGUGCGGGCGCUGGCGCAGCUGCUGCCGGGCGCCCCGGAGCCGCCGGCCCGGCCCACCCUUCUCACAGCCGCUGCACAGCAGCGCCUCGGCCGCCUGCGCCGCGAAAUCCUGGGCCACGCGGAGGGGCCGCGGCGGCCACGCUGGGGCUGGGACCCUGUGCUGCGCCGGGACACAGCYGAGCAUGGGCCUCACGGCGGGAAGCGCAAGGAAGCGGCCGAGGAGAGCCUGGAGCGGGAGCAGGAGAGGCCAGGGAAGCGGAGACUGCGGGAAGAGGCUGCGUUGGGGCCGCCCCUGCCCAUGGUGCACGAGGAGCCCUCGGCGCCGCCGGGGGACGGCUCCGCACCAAGCCCGGCCGGCUGCACUCCACGACAUUCCCAGCAGGAUGGGGAUAUGGAGCUGAGCGUGCGGGCGGAACAGGCAGCCGAGCUCCAGCUCUUCAUCCAGCUGCACGGGCCUAAGCUGAAAAGGCUGCUGCAGAUGGAGACGCCCUCCUCAGAGCUGCCCCUGCCGUCUGAGCUGCACGUCCUCCUCGGCURCUCUCCCGGGCAGCUCGAGGGGCUCUGCUCCUUCCUGCAGCUCUCCAGCUGCCCCGAGCGGCUCCUUGUGCGGUUCUGCUCCUGGCUGCUGGCUCUGGCCCCGGACCUCAGCUACGCCAGCGCGUCUAUCCUGGCAGAGCAGCUCUUCCUCACGCGAGUCCUGGCGCUCACCCAGCCGCCCUCCCGCCACCUCAUGGCUGCCCUGGCUUCCUUCUGCUCCAAGUAUGCCCUGCCUUUCUGCCGCAUCCUGGUAGCUCCAAUCCUGCAGGAGCCUGCGGGAGGGCCCGAGCAGACCAAGCUGCUGUGUGAGCUGGUGGAGGAAUGCCUGGAGCCGGAGCACGUGGCGCUGGUGCUCAGCCAGGUCCUGGAGGUGCCUCUGUCGGAGCGGCUCCUGCCAGUCGUGCAGGCGGUGCUGGCGAGGCAGGAGGCACUGUCCGCCGAGCUGCUGGAGCUGCUGGUGCUCGCGCUGUGCCGCCAGGCGCCGGCCCUUGCCGCCUCGCUGCGUUAUGCCAAGCUGCUCACGGCGCUGCUCACCCUGCACCAGAGCCGCGUGAGUGUGACAGCAGGGGAGCACCAGUUUGCAGGAAUCUUUGAAUUUGGGGAGUUUUGCUAUGGGCCCUGCGCCUUGAAGACCGGCUGGGCUGGGAAGGGGUUGGAGCACAGCGAAGUCCUGACACCCACGGAGGUACUGCUGCAGCCCAAAGCCCCCAUGGCUGGCCUUGGACAUGGUGCUGUGAGGGAUCCACAAACAUUUGUGUCAGUGAAGGGAGAUGCAUUGGUGUUAGACUUCCCUGCUCAUGACGGGCUCCCUGAUUGUGAGCCCCCACUGGGGACGGAGACCGAAGCCCUGGGCGAUGCCCCCAACAGCCGGAGCGGACGUUUCACUCCGGUGUGCGGGAGCCGUGGGGCUCUGUGCAUGAAACCCUUCCCCGAGGCCUCGCUGGGGACAGGGGAGCAGGAGGCGCAGGGACGUCCCCAGGGAUACGGGGAGCGGCGGCAGCGAAGCGGGAGCAGCCGGCAGCCCUGCAGCAGGGAGCGGCAGGAGCUGCCCGCGCUCCUGGCAGCGUCGCAGGAAGGGAGCAUGAGCGGCCGGCGGGGUGGCUCCGAGGGGGCUCUGGCCAGCGGCGAGCGGAGUGCGGAGCAUGUCCAGAAGACAGACUUAGAGAGGCAGGAGCUGACUCUGCACCCUGGGAACAGUGACAGGACGGAGGAAGACACGGAGACCCCAGAGGAGCCACUGGGAUCCCCUGCAGAGACCUCGCUGCUGGAGAGACUGGGUCUGCACAGAGCGGCUCUGACGGAGCAGGAUGUGGAGGCCGCCUUCACCCACCUGGCGCUGGCCUUCAGCUGCGACGUGUUCACGCUGCACAAGAGGCUCGAGGUGGAGGAGCGRGCGCGCGCCGCGGCCGAGGACAACAUCCAGGAGGAGCUGGGGCAGUGCCGCGCCGCCCUCGAGGUAGCAGCUGCCGGGUGCUGGCGUGGCCCAUGGGCACCGCGCAGCGCGGGCUCCAUCCUGCCCCUGUGCUCGCAGAGGCUGGGCCGGAGCUGCGUGGCYGCGGACGCCCGGCAGGCGCUGGAGCAGCUGCGGUGCAACCUGGCAGUGCUGGCGGCGGCCGUGGCGCGGGCCACCGGUGCCGCCGAGAAGCUCGGCGCCGUGCACCAGGUGAGCGCCGCGGGACCCUGA